AAUACGGGUGGGGAAACCGCAUUUUGCUCUCACAGCGCGCUCCUCCACCAGGAGAAGGAUGAGAAGGCGGUUUGUCCAGAAGGUCGAAAUAUAAAAAAUGUCUGGCAAGUAAGAAAACUUGACAAAUAGUUUCACAGAAUUGCCACCAUACCAUGGCGAACGUGGUGCAUGUGAGGACGUCUAAAGAGCGCAUUUAAACCGGGGGUUCACGCCGAGGGCAGUAAAGAAAAACAAGGCCACCAUGGAGGACCUUCACAGCAAAAUUCAUCAAAACAGUGGGAUCAAAACUAAAGCAUCUGAAGGAGCAGAGGCUUUAAACAACAGGACUCUCUCUACUCAGGCCUGGAGCAACAAUUUAAAUGAACCUGUGAGACAAGCCCUUUCCACAGAUGUGGCAGUCGAAGACUCUGCCCUGUUCACCCCACUCUCAGAAACUUCACUGGGUUUAAUUUUCAAAAUGGCAACUUCUUUGCUACAUCCUCUCUGCCUUGGGGGCAGUCCAGUAGUGCUGCCUGUUCAUCUUCAGGUAGCGGGGGGAGUAGACCCCCAGGUUGGUCCAACAAUAGCCUCACCAGUCAUUGCACCCAGUCCAGGCUCCCUCUCUUUACCACUAAUGUUGGAUCAGCCAGGUUUGCAAUGUUUAAGCUCCCAACUUCUCCUCCAGAGCUCAUGUCUGGUCCCAGAACAGCAGUAUCUGUCAGAAGCUGAGCAGAACCAUGGACCAUCUCAGAACCAAUCUGUGCCAUUGAGUCAACCUCAGCAUGGCAACGGGAAAUCAGAUAUAUUGUCUCAACCCUCAGACAAUUCUGCUUUGCGCUGUUCUAAAUUUACAACUGUUUUGCAGGAACCAUUUCAUUUUCUAAGAAAUUAUGAUUCCUCAGCUUGUCAAGGGACCAGGUCAGUCCCAUCAAAUCCCUUCUUACCCCAAGAAUCCCCUAUGCCUUACCUCUAUACUGGGUCACCACUGGUCUCCCUUGUUCCUCCUGCCACCUUGCUAGUGCCUUAUCCACUCAUUGUCCCUUUACCAGUGCCCCUACCUAUACCGAUCCCAAUCCCGGUCUCAUUUCCAGAGUCCAAAGCUCUCUCUAGUUCCCCCAGUGCAGCCUACAGUACAAAAAAGAACAAAAGCACUCAGACAUCAAAAGAUGCCUUUGACAUUCCCACAAGUACCCACAGCACAAAGUCUGACUGUCGCUGCCUGCAGUUACCGAGGCUGCCUCUCCCUUCAGUUUCCCAGGAAGAAAUACUUGACCUUAGAAUUAAGGUUACUCCAAUUCAAGCUAAGCAAAAAGUUCAGUUCCCUCUUCUGCAAGACUCUGCUCUGGACCUGUCAGUAGCGAACAACCCGCACUUUGAGUCCUGCGCUGGCAGCAAGCUGAAAUGUAAUAGGAAUUAUUCAGCAAAUAAAGAACUGACAGAGCGAAUCUUUCAUCCUGUAAAGUAUUCGCGAAGACAUGAGCCCAAUCACUUGAACAGUCACUCUGAUAUAGAGUUUGGCAUGCAGUACAAAUGGACAAAGGAACAGUACUUUCCUGAAAACGCAGCAAAGUCUGCAGGUCAGAAUAGCAGAGUUACAGGCCCACUGCAGAUGCCUGCUGUCUUCUGUGAGGAAUUAGUAAGGCAGCCAGAGGAACACAUGUUAAAGAACAGAGUGGUCAAGCUGAAGAGAGUGACCUCUCGAAGUAUGAAUAUUCACCCGAUCAAGAAACAGCAUGUGGCAACAUUUCGUCCUACCAAAUAGACAUAUUUCUGGUUCUUAUAACAUACUACAGUUCAGUUAUAGAAAUCCUGUUCAAAAUUUAAGUUAAAUUGUGGUGAAGUGCACCAUUCAAGUGAAAUUUACUGAGUCACAAUCGUUCACAAUGGUGGUGAGAGGAACCAGACAAUAUGACACUUCACAUAAAAUUAGAGCUACUUAAUGCUGGACACACUGUCUUAUGACAGUUUUGAGUGAAAGUUUAGCUGAAAACAUUUUUACUGAAUGACUUUGUUUACAUCUCAGUGAUUGAAUUUAGCAGAAAUUUCAGUCAAAUUCUCCUUUAAAAGAACUGAAAUUAAUAUCAGAUAUACUUUUUGUUUUUAAGAUAAUACACGUGGAUGUUCCUCAAAAAAUAUCUCAAUAUUUCCUACAUUGCUGCCUGAUGCACCAACAGAGUCACCCAACCUUGUGAAUAAGCACAAUAACAAACAGACAAUAUUCUUUUAAAAGUUUUAAUAAAAAUAACUGUACUGGCAAUGGCAACAAUUCCAAAUGUGGUAAAAUGUAACAAUGUUGUUUUCAAGUACUUACAUUUGAAGAGGCAAUUUUGUUCCAUGAAAUGAAGGAAAAAUAAUGCAAAAUGGCCAAUGGCACAUAUUUAUGCUACUGUAGAAAAGUAUUCCAGUAAAUGAAAACUACUUCAACCUGAGUCACAGUAAUGUAUGGAUGUCUUAAGAACUAGGUGGAAAAAGCUAACAACAUAUGAAUACAAAAA